AGAGAGCCCGUUUCUUCAGACUCCGGACAACGUGGUGGUGAGUCUCAUCUCAGGGAGAUGGAAAACCUGGCGUGACAUGGCAAACAUCUGGUGACAACAUGGAUAAUGUAGGCUAGAUGAGUUUUUGCGCACUCGGAAUGAAUUGGUCUUUAAUUCAUCCCCCCCACCAAAAAACCCACAGAAGUGACAUUCGGAUUUCUACAUUGCUGUGGAUGUGACAGUCUAAAAAGCAAUGAAUGCCAUGGCUUGGAUAAUGGAGGUUUGGAUGAGUUCACACCACGACGGGUCUCGCCGCCGGUACUGGUAACGGUUUAGGAUAAAUGUUUGGUGUUCACCUAAUGCGCGGUGCCAUAAUAACGUCUUCCGCUUCCAACAGAAACAGAUACAUUUCCGACUGAUGUGAAACAUUUGAACUGAUCUAAGAUCUCGGGAUCUAACCAUGUUAAGUUAAUAUUAGAGAGCUCCUGAUUAAAUAUAGCCAUAGAUACGUGGUUUUAUAACGGAUUUAUUUUAUUUGUUUAACACCUGUUUAGAGUCUAGACGCGUGAUCCCAUGUUGGAGAGAUCACAGGAAAUGUGUGUGUUCCAGAGAAGAAGGGUAUUUCACUUUCUAUCUGUGGUGCCACUCAUAGUGGCGUUGAUGUGCUGUGCGCAGAGCGCCAACGAACCGGGGAAUAUGUCUUUCGUAAAGGAGACGGUGGACAAACUGUUAAAGGGGUAUGAUAUCCGCCUUCGACCAGACUUUGGAGGCGCACCGGUUUCUGUUGGCAUGAGUUUAGAUGUGGCAAACAUCGACAUGGUGUCAGAGGUUAACAUGGACUACACGUUGACCAUGUACUUCCAGCAGUACUGGAGGGACAAGAGGCUGGCGUACGCUGGCAUCCCCCUCAACCUGACGCUGGAUAACCGGGUCGCCGACCAGCUCUGGGUCCCCGACACCUACUUCCUCAACGAUAAGAAGUCCUUCGUGCAUGGGGUCACCGUGAAGAACCGUAUGAUCCGACUACAUCCGGACGGCACCGUGCUCUACGGACUGAGGAUCACAACGACGGCUGCCUGUAUGAUGGACCUGAGGAGAUACCCACUGGACGAACAGAACUGCACUCUGGAGAUAGAGAGCUAUGGCUAUACCACAGAUGACAUAGAGUUCUACUGGAAAGGAGGGGAGAAUGCUGUGACAGGAGUGACCCGCAUCGAGCUACCGCAGUUCUCCAUCAUGGACUACAAACUGGUUUCCAGAAAUGUGGUCUUUUCCACAGGUGCCUACCCACGUCUGUCUCUGAGCUUCAAGCUAAAGAGGAACAUCGGCUACUUCAUCCUGCAGACGUACAUGCCCUCUAUCCUGAUCACCAUCCUGUCCUGGGUCUCCUUCUGGAUCAACUACGACGCCUCCGCUGCCAGAGUGGCUUUAGGUAUCACCACGGUUCUGACCAUGACCACCAUCAACACCCAUCUGAGAGAGACGCUGCCUAAGAUCCCCUACGUCAAGGCCAUAGACAUGUACCUGAUGGGCUGCUUUGUGUUCGUCUUCCUGGCCCUGCUGGAGUACGCCUUCGUCAACUAUAUCUUCUUCGGACGGGGCCAUCGGAUGCAGAAGAAAUUGGCUGAGAAAGUGGAGAAGGUCAAAAAUGACAGGGCGGCCAAGUUCGACGGCAACAGGGUAACGUUUACCCCCUCGGAAAUGGUUGACUCUCAGGGCAACAUCCUCCUGACAACCCUGGAGAUCCACAACGAAGUUGGCGCCGGCAACGAGAUCACAACCAGCAUCACCGAGACAACCGCACGGAACUCCUCCUCCAUGAUAUUCAACCAAUCAGGCCUCCAGUACCGAAAACCGAGCUCUCUGAGUGGCCGGGAGAGAAACGCCCAUGCUCACGUGAAGAAGACAAGGCUACACAGGCGGUCCUCUCAACUCAGAAUCAAAAUCCCCAACCUGACGGACGUGAACUCCAUCGAUAGAUGGUCACGGGUUGUCUUCCCCUUCACCUUUACCCUCUUCAACUUCAUCUACUGGCUUUACUAUGUGAACUAGUGGUUUUCAAGCCUAUCCUCAGGGACCCCCAGCCAUUCAAUUUGAGAACCACUGAACUAAGUAACAGAUAGAAGGGGAUUUUCACUCCUUAAACCUUUCUUAUUCUUGUUUCUCUAAAGAGUAAAGAAACCCGUCUGUAUUCAGAAACCCGUCUGUAUUCAGAAACCCGUCUGUAUUCAGAAACCCGUCUGUAUUCAGAGGACGUGUGACUGAGUGCAGAGAGACACUAGAACUAGAACACUGAGUUGUGGGGUCUCUUGAACUGGACGUUCAGACGAGCUGAGACAAAAGACCCUUUGUGGAAAUACUAUCCUUCUGAACUCUUCCUGUAUUACACUGAACACUCCACUGUACAAAGAGGGUGAUACAGUCAAUGGUUUGUGGUUUUUCAAAAGUAUUAUUUACAAUGAUGUAUGCCAAUUAUUGUAACUCUAUCCCUUAUUUUAGUGUGAGAAAUUAAUUUAGAGUGCUAAAACUCAUUAGAAAACUGAAUGGGAAAUGAAUUCAGUGUGCUAUUUAUCACAGUAGCUCGUUAUAAACUGAAUGGGAAAUGAAUUCAGUGUGCUAUUUAUCACAGUAGCCCAAUAUAAACUGAAUGGGAAAUGAAUUCAGUGUGCUAUUUAUCACAGUAGCCCAAUAUAAACUGAAUGGGAAAUUAAUUCAGUGUGCUAUUUAUCACAGUAGCCCAAUAUAAACUGAAUGGGAAAUGAAUUCAGUGUGCUAUUUAUCACAGUAGUCCAAUAUAAACUGAAUGGGAAAUGAAUUCAGUGUGCUAUUUAUCACAGUAGUCCAAUAUAAACUGAAUGGGAAAUACAAUGCACAGUUUUUGAGUUACGAUAUGUCUGGUUUAUCUGUUGGGAUAUUAUCAUUCCAGUCAUGUCUAUGUUCUAUGGACUGUCAGAACGCGAUCAUAUGAGCUGUGUAGGAAAGUCAUGUAUGGGCAUGUAUAGUCAUGAAUAGUCAUAAAUAGUCAUUAACAGUCAUGAAUAACUACGAAUAGUCAUGAAUAGUCAUAAAUAGUCAUUAACAGUCAUGAAUAACCAUGAAUAGUCUUGUAUAGUCAUAAAUAGUCAUUAACAGUCAUGAAUAACCAUGAAUAGUCAUGUUUAGUCAUGUACUGAAUCAAUUUUGGAUACUAAUUCCAUUGGUUUGGGUCUGACUAUUCUGCAAACGAUUCACUUAUUAUUAUUAUUUUUGUAAAGUGCUGAAGUAACCUAUAUGUAAUCUGGAUCUAUAUUUCACUGUGCAUUGGAGGCAACGUAACGAUGUAAACUCAGCUCUCACCAACCCACGCCUCAGUAUCACUGUAGUUCAUAGGUCACGCCUAGCCUAACAUUCACACUGCCAAGAUAAGCAUGUCAUGGAAUCCGAAUCAUCCAUUUUAUAUAUUCAUUAAAACGAGACUUACCUUCAUUCAUUUUACAUAAUCAAUCUUUAUCAUUUACCUUCCCUGAGUGAAAAUUAUAUUUUCUGAUCAUAAGAAAACGUUUGUUCCCGAACUGCUGUCGUGCAAUGCUCAACCAAGGCUUUGAUGUGGGCCUUAACAUGUGUUUGGCAAUUACAGUAGGCUCUGACCUUCUUCUGACCUAAAUUGUACCCAUAUCUUUAUGAAUAGCCUAAUGAUUUUGAAUCGUGUUCUUUUUACAAUGUACAUACAUACCGUAGCCGUAGAAAACACAACUCAGGUACUGAAUGGAGAAGUUCCUUAUCACAAUACACACGAUCUAUUGUCUGAUUUUGUAUUAUUACACAGUAUUCCUAUGCAUUUA